AUGGCAGCGUCAAACAUAACUGCGAAGAAAGACGACGAACAGCCUGAUGACGAAGACAAUAUGGAGUGGUUGUACAAGACUAAAGAAAUUGCAGAACUCUGCAACCAGCACCGUUGGGAUUGCGAAACGUGCGCAGACUGUGGUUACGAUCAUCCAUAUUAUCAUGCUUUUCAUACCAAAACUGUUUAUUACGGGGACGAUGGUUCAAUGCGACUUCAGUAUCCAGUCUGGAUCUUAGAUGGAAAAUAUGAUUCAUCAGAUAGUACAUCAUCCUGCAGUACUACGACGGAAGCAUUAUUAGACGAUUUCUACGAGUUGAACAACGAGCGUCGAGAUUUUCACGCCCAUCCGUCGCCAGUGGAAGAUAUUAUUGAUCCAGAUUUAUUAAUUUAUAGGCCUCAAAUUGCUGAUGCUGAGCGCGAAGAAGAGAUGUCACUUCGUGACCAAUACCAGUGGAUACCGAGUGACUUUCGUGUCAAUCGCAAUGAAGUACACAUCGAAACUCCAAUCUGUCAUUUACCAAUGAAUGAAAAGUAUGAGAACACCUAUAGAAAUAUUGAAAUAAUAUUUGAGAAAUUAGUACCAAUGUUUCGAAAAAUAAUGUCAUUUAAUGAAAAUGGUGAUACGCGAUUACAAGUUGUUGUUAAAGUACAAAGUUAUAAUAUAAAGCCAGGCAUGAAAUAUUCUGGUCGUUGGCACACUGAAGGUCGUACUGAAAAUAUUCAAGCUGUCGGCGUUUAUUAUCUCUACAUUGACGAUGAACUCGAAGGUGGUGCACUAAAAUUUCGUCCAGCAGUAUCACCCAAGCCUUAUUAUGUUAAAGAAGCCAAUCGCUAUUUAAUGCCAGAAACUGAUACUGCCGUUGUUUUCUCCAACGACAUACCACAUCGUUUCUGUUCGAUACGUAAUACAACUUCAAAUCUGUUACGUCGUACGUUUCUAAAUUUCUUUAUUGUUGAUCGUCAAUCUCCCAUUCCAACCAACGAACUUUGUGUUAACAACUUACCGUUAGUAAGCUACGAUCAAUGUUUGAAUUUAUUGAAGAGCAUCACAUUGAAUGAAGCACAGCAUUUACCGGAUUUAGUUAUUGAACGUAUUUUAUUAUAUUUAACGAAAUAUAUAUGGCAAACUGAAACAGACGCAAAAGAUUUUCGACAACGUGUAAGACAGGAAAUGGUAAAACAAAGAGCUGGCUGGAGUGGAAUUGACUAUGGAAAUUUCGGUGAUGUAAAAUUUAUUAAUAAACCAAAGAGUGGAGUGAAAUGGAUGACAGUGCUCGUGACUAUUAUUCAAAAUAUUUAA